AUGGCAGUGCAGAUCAGCGAGCUGGCUGUGGGCCAGGAAGACGGGGCUGGUGGUCUGGUCUGGGCGGAGCCAGUGGUCAACAUGAGGAAGGUCACCCACAAGGCCAUUCGGGAGGAGCUGUCCAACAGUGUCCUCCUCCCCUGCGUCUUCAACCUGAGGACCAACCCGUCCCACGAGCCGCCCCGCAUCAAGUGGACCAAGGUGUGGGGCCAGCGCGGCUCCGACGGCCUGCAGAAGGAACAGUCCGUCCUGGUCGCCAAGGACAACGUGGUGAAGGUGAAGAAGGCCUUCCAGGGCCGAGUCACCCUGCCGGGUUACCAGGACAACCGGUUCAACGCCAGCCUGGCUCUGAGCAGCCUGCGAUCCAGUGACUCGGGCCUGUACCGCUGUGAGGUGGUGGUGGGCAUCAACGACGAACAGGACACCGUGCCCCUGGACGUCACAGGUGUUGUGUUCCACUACCGGGCCCCCCACGACCGCUACGCCCUGUCCUUCCCUGACGCCAGGCGCGUGUGCCUGGAGAACUCGGCCGUGAUCGCCACCCCGGGUCAGCUGCAGGCCACCUUCGCCGACGGCUACGACAACUGCGACGCGGGCUGGCUCUCCGACCAAACCGUGAGGUACCCCAUCCAGUCGCCCAGGCCCGGCUGCUAUGGCGACCGCGAGGACUCACCGGGGGUGCGCAACUACGGAAACAGGUCCCCCGAUGAGCUAUUCGACGUGUACUGCUUCGCCAAGCAACUGCAAGGCGAGGUGUUCCACUCCUCUGUGCCGGAGCGACUCAGCCUGGCCACGGCCUCCACCCACUGUCACACCCUGGGGGCCCAGCUGGCCACGGUGGGGCAGCUGUACCUGGCCUGGCAGGCCGGCCUGGACCAGUGUGACCCCGGCUGGCUGGCCGACGGCAGCGUGCGCUACCCCAUCAACGUCCCCCGGAGGAACUGCGGAGGGGACGACCCCGGGGUGCGCACCGUCUACCACAACCCCAACCGCACCGGCUUCCCCGACACCACCGCCCUCUUCGACGCCUUCUGCUACAGAGAACUCCAGACAGGGAUCCAGGGUUUUGAGGCUUUAGGGUUGGGUCAGCUCCAGACCCAGCCCUCUGAGGCCGACUCCGCCGACCCCAAACCCCAGCACGGUGACCCCAAACCCCAGCCCUCCUCGUGGACCGGCGUGGUAGACCUGGAGAAGGAAGGCCUCCGCUCGCUGGCCAGGGAGGACGAGUCGUCCGAGAUCUCCGAGGAGCAUGUGGUCAUCCACCUGAGACCUGGAGAGACCUCUCCAGGCUGGGACCAGAACCUGGAUAGCCAAGGUGGCUCCGCCCACGAGGAUGCGGCGAGUGUAGGCGGCGGCCAUUUUGGCUCUUCCGUCUCCCUUCCAUCGCCCACGGCCUCUCCCACAUCCCAUUCUCACCCCACCAACAGCGUGCUGUCCAACUUCGUCAACUCCAUGAUGAGACCCUUCAGGUAUUGGACCGGUGGGCUGGACACAGAAGAAGAGGCCCUCUACAUGGCCACAGCCACCUCACUGCCUGAAGAAAAAUCAGGGGACGACCAGAUGCUAGCCGGGACUGCUAAAGAGGUCCCCAUUGGAGGGAAGGGUGGAGCCAGCAAUCAGGACAACGCCGUCAUGGGGCACCGGGCCGGGACCCAGUCCGUCCAGACCCCCAGCGCAGGACUGGGGACCCCAGAGGAGGGUCUUUCUGAGCUGGAGAGAGAGGUGGUCCCGCUGGAUCCUCUGGUCCCGGCGGUGUCAAACCGGGACCGCAGCGACCCGCACGCCCAGCCUGGGGAGAGGCCUAGCGUGGCCCGGACAGAAGCGGCAUCUUCUGCCCCUGGAGGGGCUCCACCAUCAGGGGCGGUUGGGAAGACAAACCCCCCAAGUGAGGCUGAUGCCACCCGGCCCCAGGGCCCCAGGGGGCCGGCCUCCGCCCCGGUCCCCAGCAGCCAGCUCCGGUGGGCCCUGAAGACUAUGCGUCGCUCUAAACUGGGUCCCCCUGGAAACGUGGCUUAUGUGGGGAAGGGUUCCACAUGGGAGCCUCUGGAAGCCAAGGCAGGGCCCCUGGAGGUCAUGACUCUGCCCACCACCAGCAGAGACAAUGGGGAGAACUUCUCUGGAGAGGGGAGGGACCAGGAUCAGGAUCAGGACGGGGUCAAAACUCCGGUUACCAGGACGACAACGGAACACGACAGGCAGACAGAGGCGGAGGGGAGCGGUGGGGAAGUCGAACCCAGAGCUCCGAUCCUGAGGCCCACCCAAGACCACACCGGGGCUGUGACGGUGGCCGAGCACACCACCGUGUCCCAGUGGCAGCUGGUGGACCAGCCCACCACCCUGCCGGCCGGGGUCCCCAGUCCUGCGAGGGAGGGCCCUGCGAGGCCCGAGGGAACCGGUACCGCGAAGGAGGCCCGUGGGGAAAUCCUGUUCGUCCGCCGGCCCACUGAGAACCUCCCCUCGACCUCCAGCAGGAGAGACAGCUCUGUUGGGGGGUCCCCGGGGUCAGGCUCCUCCCCCACCAUCAGAAAGCAGAGCUGGCAGAACCCCCAGCCCAGGGGGACAGAGACACACCCAAGCCCAGAGGAGGCCACCUCUUCUGGGUUCACCUCCAGGCCUGCAGCCCCCAUGGAGCCUCUGACCACAGUCCAGAGCUCCACGGCCCAGUCCCUAACCACCAGAGAACCCGCCGCCGCUAACGCCACCGACGGCUCCUCUGCGGACAGCGAAAGGGAUUCCACCAAGGAGGCUCCUGUCUCUGUAGCCUGGGUGCCGGAGGAACAGGAGAAGAACCGCACGGUCUCGGCAACUCCUCAGCCCGACGACAGGGUUGAGUCCAGGUCGGCCGUGUCCGAGUCCUUCGUGGUGGGGGCCGGCCGGCCCCCGGUGACCACAGACAAGGCCGACCAGAACCCCUUCGUGGUCAUCAUGCCCAACUGGGUCUUCGGCCUGAACCCUGGAG